AAUUCAUCAAGAUUAAAGUAAUUUUUGCAAAAUUCAGACUGUUCUAGUUUGUAAAAUAUUAUUAUUCAAAGAUUGUGACCGUUUUAUUCCUAUAUUUUAUCAUUUUCCAUCUGGGAAGUUGAAACUUGAGGCAAAUUACAAACUAAUUAAUUUUCACUUCAUCCAGAUUUUGUUAGGUGGUCGGAAGUAGAUUUAUAUAUUUACUUUGCGCGCUCCUCAUUUCAUUACUAAUUAAAGAUAUAUUUCUUACUUACACCCUCAUUCUUAUAUCUUUAUUAGUAAGAUAAUUCAUAUAUUGGGUUUAUUUAAUACUAAAAAGAAAUGGCUGACGUUAAAAGAAACAUAUCUGAGGUCGGACUUGCCGAUUCUCAUGAUGAUAAGAAACAGCACCAAACUAAACCAGGUCGUAAACCAAUCGAAACUGUUCCAAAAUCUAAGAGAACUGCUCAAAACAGAGCUGCACAAAGAGCUUACAGAGAGAGAAAAGAACAGAGAAUGAAGGACCUUGAAGAUAAGGUGAAGUCAUUAGAGAAUGAAACUAUUCGAGCGACUACCGAGUCUGAUUUUUUGAAGGCGCAAGUGGAUGUUUUAAAGAGUGAACUUGCUCGUUAUAGAGGCACAACCGAUUUCCUGGAUUUGAAGCUUCCUACCAAAGUAGGUCACUUGCUGAACCCUGUAGGACAUAAGAAUAGCACCACAAGUUCUCUGGGAAGUUUAAGUGGAUUAUCCAGUUCACAUACCUCACCAGAAGAAGAUCCAAAGAAUGGAAUUUCAGUGAGUUUCCCAUGGAGUAAAAACAAUUUACCAACCAAUAAAUACUCACUUCCUGACUUGGUUGGAGGAUCCUCUUCUCUGACAUCUCCAUUGGAUAAUACUUUAGUAUCACCAGAAUCAUCAAAUAGCAUUUCAUCAACCCUGAACCCAAACACUGUGAAUUCACUUCAAUAUGAAAACUUGGACUUUGGAAUUAAAUUUGAAGAACAAUCCAAUCCAUUCUGUGCUCAAUUGACUGAUGGAGUUUGUGGUACAAAGGAAUGUCCAGUGCCGAAGUGUAAAACUGAAACAGUUCAAUCAACAACUACUGAUUCACCAUUCACAUCUCUUGCUGAUUUCAAGGACCCAAAACAUUCUGAAAACUAUAUGAAUGAUCCAUUUUUCAAUGGAGAUGCUAAUGAUUUCACUUAUCCUGAUGUUCUUACAUCAAAUACUAUCCCAUCUGCUACCAACGAUCCAUUGUCAUUCUUAAAUGAUGAUAAUUUUGAUGUAUCACUUGCCUUUGGUGACAAUUUUAAGCAACCACAUUUGGAUUCAUAUGACCCAAUUUCUCAAUUGACAACAGAGGAGUCUAUAUAUGAUCCAUUGAAAGAUCAAAAGAAUACAGUUGAGAGUUUUGAUUUCAAUGAGUAUGUGAAUACUGCAACAAGUAAUAGUGAUAAACCAACCGUGAAUUCAUUAUCACCAGACAUUAAGUCAGAGGAUGAGGAUGAAGUUGUUCCAGCACCAGAAGAAACGGUAAGAUGUUCAGAAAUAUGGGACAGAAUAACUUCACAUCCAAAGUAUACAGAUAUCGAUAUCGAUAGUUUGUGUAACGAAUUGAAAUCUAAGGCAAAAUGUUCAGAGAAAGGUGUUGUGAUUAAUUCAUCUGAUGUUAAUCAGUUACUUGAAAGAUCAGCUGAAAGGAAAAUAUAGAAGGAGAAGGAAGAAGAGAAAGUGUUUUUUUGUAUGGAUACACACAAUAUAUGGGUAUAUGACUUUUUUUUUUCUUUUUUUUUUUUCUUUUUUUCUUUGCUUGCUGAUUUCUUUUAAGGUGAACCUUUUUUUUUAUUAAUAAAUGGUUUUGUAAAAAAAUAUAUAUACAUACAUUUGUAC